AUAGUCCUGAAAGCGGAGAUAAAGCCUCGAGCGCCUCUCGGACUUUUAAAGCGUGUUACAUAACGUGCUUUCCAACUCGUCUCUCCGGAGUGACUACAGACACCAAGCCGCGGACUACACUCUGUCCGACAUCUCUGUAAAACUUUCAUUCCACUUCAGUGCCUCGUACUUCCGGCAUUUUAACCUCACGCAGGUGCCGCGCGCUAUGAGCAGUGACGCGUGUUGUUUGGCCGAAGCCCGGCGCGUGGCGAUUUUCGGAGGCACGCACGGAAACGAGAUGUCCGGCAUCAUGCUCGUGUCCAUGUGGACCAAAAACGACAGCGAGAUCCGGAGGAGCAGCGUGCACACCAAGCCCUUCAUCUGCAACCCGAGAGCCGUGGAGAAGUGCACCAGGUACAUCGACACGGAUUUGAAUCGCGCCUUCACAGCGGAAAACCUCAGCACGCCGCCCGGAGACGAGCUGCCAUACGAAGUUCAGAGAGCCAAGGAAAUCAAUCAGCUCUUUGGACCUAAAGGAAGCCCCGACGCCUACGAUGUUAUCUUUGACCUCCAUAACACCACAUCCAACAUGGGCGCUACGCUUAUCUUGGAGAGCUCCACAGACCACUUCAUCCUUCAGAUGGUGCAUUACAUCAAAAAAGCCAUGGCUCCGGAGAGCUGCAUGGUGCUGCUGACCGAACACCCUCAGCUCAAAUAUGCAACCACCCGCUCAGUGGCCAAGCACUCUGUCGGUCUUGAAGUGGGUCCCCAGCCUCAGGGAGUUUUACGAAGCAAUAUCUUCGAGUCCAUGCGGAUGAUAGUGAAGCACGCUCUGGAUUUCAUCGAGAUGUUUAAUAGCGGCGUGGAGUUCCCAGCAUGCCGUGUGGAAGUGUUCAGGGUGCAUGAGAGAGUGGAUUAUCCGAGAGACACAAACGGGAACAUCAGCGCUAUGGUGCAUCCUCACUUACAGGAUUGUGAUUGGGAGCCCCUGAACCCCGGUGACCCAAUGUUCCAAACGUUCGACGGGACGACAAUCGUGUACGAAGGAGCCGGUCCGGUCUACCCGACGUUUAUUAACGAAGCCGCCUACUAUGAGAAGCACCAGGCCUUCGUUACCACCUGCAGGGAAACACUGUCUGUUAAUUCCAUUCGAAACAACACCAAAUAACAAAUAUCACCAUAACCAGCAGCAUCAGAGAGCAAACAACAGACGCAGAUCUCUAAGUGAACAUGCUUGAACACUACAACUACACUCAGAUAUAUAUAUAUAUAUAUAUAUAUAUAUAUAUAUAUAUAUAUAUAUAUAUAUAUAUAUAUAUACAUUUUUUUUACAGUUUUUAUAGAAAUCUUUCAUUUAUAACCAAUCAAAUCAUUCAAAACUAAGUCAGGUUAAUGAUCUAUUUACAAUGUCAAAGAACAAGCGUUGGAUAUUUUUAUAUUAGUUUUAAGGUUUGUCAUACCUAAAGGUUUUUUAAAAAAAACGUUUUAUGGUGCAGUUUAUAUUUAUAAAAUUCUAAAUCCUCACACAUUCAUCGUCACAUACGUUUCUAUUUGUACUUAUAUUCCUAGUCAGUGGUUAUACUUGAGGGAAAAAAACUGAGCAUGUGGAAUAUAUAAAGAGCUAUAAAAUUGAGCUUAGAAAUCAAAAACAGUGGAUUUUAGUAGUUCCGAGAUUCUAGUACAUCCUUCAACAUGCCUUCGUUGACUUCCUCUAAAGACGUAUCGCUUACGUAAGGAAUAGAACACAAUGAGGCACAACAGAUCUCGAUUGUCCUCAUAAAACAAAAAAUGUAGUGUUACUGAGAUACUGAGGAAUGUACUCUGAAAUGAAGAGGUUUUUUUUCUCGAAUGAGAAUGAAUUUCUAGUAACAAAGUCAAGUAUUUACGUUUAUUAACAGCUUUAUUUGAAGUUUUAGCCAAGUUUGGGAAGGAAACUGGACGUUCUACCAAAGUCUAUAGUCAGGUCACAUGAUCAUUCGACCACAGGUCACGUGAUGUUGUUCAUGGUUCUGUGGUGGAGAAAGAGUUCUCUGGUUAGCUGUUUGGGGUGAUUCCAUGAUCAGGUCCUUCAUUUUUUUUUAUUUUGCAACAUUGAAUGUAAGAAGCUAUGAAAACCCUUUCAAAACGUGUCAAUGCAUCUCAGCAAUAUCAGUUUUUCUUUGGGUGCAAGGUUUCUAUUGCAUCUUUUUGGCUAUUAAAUGAGUUGAAAUUGCUACGAUUAGCAUAAAAUACACAAUUACAAAUAUACAGUCUUUUAGAUUUGAUUUUUAAAAUGAUUUUUCUUCUUAAUUUUCUUCAGGAAAAUUAGAUGACCAGCUUCCUAAUGAACAUGUGACUUCCUUAGGGUUGAGUGAUUUAAAAAAAAAAAAAAAAAAAAAAGCAAAAUUAAUAGGGGAAACUGUGUGAUAUAGUAGUAGCUUGAUAGUUAAGACAUUAGGCUAUUGAUAGGAAGGUUGUGAGUUCAAAUCCCAAGUCCACCAACCUGCUACUGUUGGUCCCCUGAGCAAGGCCCUUCAUCCCCAGUUGUAUAAAAUGAGAUAAAUUGUAAGUCCUUCUGGAUAACGGCGUCUAAAAAAUGCCGUAAAAAUUUAAUUCAAAAAGCCCCCAGUCAUGGACUCACCCUUUUAGCUUUGCACAUCAGGUCAGGAGAAGAGAAACAGAAACUCGUAAAGCCAGACACUGCCUAGACUCUAAACAGUGUCUAAUAUUACUUUUGCAUGUCUGUAUCUAAUAGUUUCGCUUCUGCUCGUCUGAUCUACAGAGCUUUCGUUUAUAUUUUCGCUCUCUUUAAACUGAUUUGCAGUUAUCAAGAGGCAAGUCCUCGAAGGCAUAUAGGACUGAAGACUUGAGAGGAAUCCAUCAUGAAGCUAUUGAUUAUUUUAAUACGCUCUCCUACACUGCUCAUUUACUCACGUAACACAACACAGUUUUUUGUUUUGUUUUUAAAAUGAACAAAAGUACAUAACACCAUCCAACAAAUUAGCCUCGCUGAAUAUUCCUGCAUAAAUAUUACGUGAGGUGAUUCAGGGCCGAUUUUUCCUUUGUUUCUUUUUGCAAAAUUAGAACGUCUCUACGGAGGAACUUAUUUUUAAUGCACAAUAAAUAAUAAUAAAAUGAAAAAACAAUAAUAAUAAUAAUAAUAAUAAUAGAUGUACAGACUGUGUGAUGGAGGGGAAUUAAUGAAUGAGCGAAAGAAAUGAUUUAUCCGGAUUAUUAGGUUUGGAAGGUUCAGAAAUGUCCAGUACAGACUUGUAGAAUUAGGCAGUUGUGUCUUCUUUUGUGUUUAUUCUAGUGAGGCUCUGUGAUGUUAAAAUGUUUGUUGCACAUAUUUAAUAACGAAAUAUGAGUUUUGUCACACUAUAUUGCCAAAAGUUUUGGGACACCCCUACAAAUCAUUGAAUUCAGGCGUUGUUUUUCAGGGGUUGGGCUCGGCCCCUUAGUUCCAGUGAAAGGAACUCUUCAUGCUUCAGCAUACCGAGACAUUUUGGACAAUUUUAUUCUCCCAACUUUGUGGGAACAAUUGGGGAUGACCCCUUCCUGUUCCAACAUGACUGCACACCAGUGCACAACGCAAGGUCCAUGAGUCCUGACCUCAACCUGAUAGAACAUCUUUGGGAUUAAUAAGAGCGGAGACUGUGAGCCAUGGCCAAAACUGGGACGUCUGCCAAUACAUUCACAUGAAUUUAAUAUGGAGUUGGCCUGAAUUUUGGGAAUUUUUGACCAUUCCUCUAGAAGCGCAUUUGUGAGCUCAGGCACUGAUGAGAAGGCCUGGCUCUCAGUCUCCACUCUAAUUCAUCCCAAAGGAGUUUUACCAGGUUGAGGUCAGGACAAACAAAAGGACCAUCCCCAAACUGUUCCCACAAAGUUGGGAGCAUGAAAUUGUCCAAAAUGUCUUGGUAAGCUGAAGUAUUAAGAGUUCCUUUCACUGGAACUAAGGGGCCGAGUCCAACCCCUGAAAAACAACACCACAAUUCAAUGAUUUGGAGGGGUGUCCCAAAACUUUUGGCAAUAUAGUAUACAUUUUAAAAUUGCACACUGUUUCCACCGUGAUAAUGUAACACUUGUAGUAAUUAAUGACAUUUUUUUAUUAUUAUUUAACAGAGAAAUGCUCACUGACCUAUGCAAAGAAUCUUAUAUUCUCAGUAAUGUAGCACAUAAAUAUAGUGCUCAUGGACAAUCUGUUUAACGUUGAAGAUGUUAAACGCCGGAUAUGUGUGAAGUUUUAAUUUUGAAUUAGAUUGUAUAUUUUAGUAAGCUAAAUUACGCACAUUAUUUUUUAAAAUAAAUGAGAUAAAUUUUGUUAGAUUACUUAUGAGUAAAUUGUUUUUGAUGAACUGUAUGUAUGAGCUGUGGUCUGUUUUCCCCACUUUGUUCCGGAUUGCACAUAUUUAACAACAACAAAAAAUGAGAAUAAAUAUUUCAUAUUUUGA